AUGGAUGGGUGCUGCCCCGCCGUGCCCACCGCAGGUGACGUCCUGGAGCAGGUCGGGGAAUUCGGCCGGUUCAGAGCAGCCUUCCUGACCCCGUGCCUGCUGCCGGCUGCCUUCGCCCCCAUCUACGUGGGCAUCGUCUUCCUGGGCUUCACCCCCGAGCACCGCUGCCUGAGGCCCGGCGUGGCCGAGCUGAGCCUGCGAUGCGGCUGGAGCCCGGCCCAGGAGCUGAACCUCACGGUGCCCGGCCCGGGGCCCGCGGGCGAGGCCUUCCCCCGCCAGUGCCGCCGCUACGAGGUGGACUGGAACCAGAGCGCCCUGGGCUGCGCGGACCCGCUGGCCGGCCUGGCCCCCGACAGGAGCCACCUGCCGCUGGGCCCCUGUCGGCACGGCUGGGAAUACGACACGGCCGGCUCCUCCAUCGUCACCGAGUUCGACCUCGUGUGCGCCGACGCCUGGAUGCUGGACCUCACGCAGGCCGUCCUCAACCUGGGCUUCCUGGCCGGCGCCUUCACGCUGGGCUACGCUGCGGACAGGUACGGCAGAAUAAUCGUCUACCUCAUAUCCUGCUUCGGCGUCGGCGUCACCGGUGUGGUGGUGGCCUUCGCGCCCAAUUUCCCCGUGUUCGUGAUCUUCCGCUUCCUGCAGGGCGUGUUUGGGAAGGGGACCUGGAUGACCUGCUACGUGAUAGUGACAGAGAUCGUGGGCUCAAAGCAAAGGAGGAUCGUGGGGAUCGUGAUUCAGAUGUUCUUCACCCUGGGCAUCAUCAUCCUCCCCGGGAUCGCCUACUUCAUCCCCAGCUGGCAGGGCAUCCAGCUGGCCAUCACGCUGCCCAACUUCCUCUUUCUCUUUUACUACUGGGUGGUUCCUGAAUCCCCCCGCUGGCUCAUUACUCGGAAGAAAGGAGAUAAAGCGCUAAAAAUUCUGAGGAGCAUUGCCAAAUGCAACGGGAAAUAUCUCUCACCCAGUUACUCGGAGAUCACUGUGACCGACGAAGUCAGUAACCCGUCCUUUCUGGACCUGGUGAGGACCCCCCAGAUGAGGAAGUGCACGCUUAUACUUAUGUUCGCUUGGUUCACCAGCGCCGUGGUGUACCAGGGCCUGGUCAUGCGCCUGGGCCUCGUGGGCGGCAACCUCUACGUGGACUUCUUCAUCUCCGGCGUCGUGGAGCUGCCGGGAGCCCUUCUGAUCCUGCUGACCAUCGAGCGCUUCGGCCGGCGCCUCCCGUUCGCCGCGAGCAACAUCGUGGCCGGCGCCGCCUGCCUGGCCACCGCCUUCCUACCAGAAGGGACACCAUGGCUGAGGACCACGGUGGCCACCUUGGGAAGACUGGGCAUUACCAUGGCCUUUGAAAUUGUCUACUUGGUAAAUUCCGAAUUGUACCCAACAACAUUACGAAACUUUGGCGUUUCACUCUGCUCCGGUUUGUGUGACUUUGGGGGAAUCAUAGCCCCGUUUCUGCUCUUCCGACUGGCGGCCAUCUGGCUGGAGCUACCUCUUAUCAUCUUUGGUGUCCUGGCGUCUGUCUGCGGCGGCCUCGUGAUGCUUCUGCCUGAGACCAAGGGCAUUGCCUUGCCGGAGACAGUGGAUGACGUGGAAAAGCUUGGCAGCCCACCUUCCUACACGUGUGGCAGGAAAAAGAAGACCCCCGUUUCCAGCUCCGACCUUUGAGGCCCCGGCCCAGGCCCGAGGGAAGGAGCAGCUCAGGCC